AUGUCGGCUGUCGGCUUCAAUAUUUCCACUUCUCUUCGCGCCUGUCUAGGGCCGUCCUCUUUCACAGCAGCAGCAACAGCCGCAGUAAUCAUGAACGCCUCCCGGCAGAUCCAGAGGCUGUCGCCCGCCGCUCCAUUGCGAGUAUCGGGCCUCCGCAACAUCACCAGCAACAAUACUGUUGUGCCAGCACAGAUUCGCCUUCUCUCCAGCCAGACCUCCCACACCCAGAACGGGCUUCGGCGGCCAUCUACCCCUCCUUCGCUCCAGCAACAACCCCUCCUCCGAUCGACCUUCCUCCCCAGUUCGCUCAGAUUAGACACAUCACCACCAUCACACAGCCGCUCGUUCCAUGCCUCUUCCAGAUCACUUCAGGCCGAGAACGCCAAGGCACGUAAAGUACCAGUAGAAGAGAAGGAGAAGGAGCCAGAGUCCAAGGAGGAGGGCAAGGAGGAGACCAAGGAAGAGGCCAAGGAGAAGAAAGAAGAGGGUGAGGGCGAGGAGUCAGAGGGCAAGAAGGAGGAGAAGGGAAAGAAGGGCGAUGCGCCACCUCCCCCACCACAUGGCGAUAAGACUCCAUGGCAGGUGUUCCUGGACACGAUGCAGAGCGAAUUCAAGCAGUCGAAGGAGUGGAAUGAGUCAACCAAGGCCCUGUCCGCUGGCGCCACCGAGUUUAUCGAGAGCGAAAAGGUCCGCAAGGCCCGUGAGGCCUACGAGGCCACGACCGGUGCCGUCACCAACACUGCCGCGACCGUUGUCAAGACCACUGCUGGUGCCAUCGGCAAGGGUGCUCAGUGGACCUGGGAGACCCGUGCCAUGAAGGGUGUAAGAAAGGGUGCCAACAUUACUGGUGAGGUGCUCGACAAGGCCACCAAGCCAAUUCGUGAGACCGAGGCGUACAAGAAUGUCAAGGAUGUGAUCGACGACGGAAGCAGUUCGAGAUAUGGUGGGUGGAUCGAGAAGGAGGAGCGCAGGAAGCGGAAAGAGGCUCUAGAGAAGCUCAGGCCACAGACCGAGAUCCAUGAGGAGGACCCCAAUGCCGGAACCAACGUCACUCUCCACAAGGACGCCGCCUGGAAGGAAGCCUGGCGCGACUUCCGCGACUCCAACAAGAUGAUGCAGAGCGUCUUCGGCCUGAAAUCAGUCUACCAAGAGUCCGAGAACCCCCUUAUCUCCACCGCCCGCAGCAUCACCGACCGCGUCGCCGGCUUCUUCGCCGAGAACGAGACGGCCAUGGUCAUCAAGAAGGUCCGCACCAUGGACCCGGCCUUCCAGAUGGAGACCUUCCUCCAGGAACUUCGAGAGUACAUCCUCCCCGAAGUCCUCGACGCCUACGUCAAGGGUGACGUCGAGACGCUCAAGCUCUGGCUCUCGGAGGCGCAGUACUCUGUGUACGAGGCCCUGACGAAGCAGUACCUCCAAAACGGCCUCAAGUCUGACGGCCGCAUCCUCGAUAUCCGAGGUGUGGACGUCCUCAAGGCGCGCAUGCUCGACCCUGGCGAGAUCCCGGUUUUUGUUAUUACUUGCCGGACGCAGGAGGUGCAUGUGUACCGCAACGCCAAGACGGGCAAGCUCGCGGCGGGCAUGGAGGACAAGGUCUCGCUCGUGACAUAUGCUAUUGGUAUCACGAGGAUACCUGAGGAUGUCAACAACCCAGAGACUAGAGGGUGGAGGUUGAUUGAGAUGCAAAAGAGCGGGAGGGAGUGGAUUUAA